AUGCAUUUGCUAAAUAUCUCCGAAUCACACUUUAUUUGCUUCGGUGUUCACAGUGGAGACGUGACUUCAAGGCUGGUUGUGUUUCUUCUUGCAUUAACGCUAGUUCUUCAGGGUACUGGAAUCAAGGGUGAUUCUUUGACCCCAACAGUUAGUGAGGUGUCAGGGGAUGAUAAGAAAACCCUUGAUGUUAACAUUGAUGCCGAGGAAGAAGGCGCCGUUGGAGAACAUGCAGAAGUUUCUGCAAUUGAUGAGGGGAAUGUUGUAGACACUUCCAUUGGGGAUGUUGCGAAUGGAGAAGAUAAAGAGGCAAAGCCACUAGACUAUGCAGAAAUUGAUGUUGAUGAUAAAGUAAAUGAAGAAGCUUCACAUCUUUUCAAGUUAGGGUUGGAAGCAAAUUAUCGUAAACAAGAAAUAGAGAGGAUUGCAGAGGAAAACAUUUCACUGGGGAACAAGCUGUUUGUAUAUCCUCCCGUAGUUAAGCCCAAUCAAGAUAUAGAACUGUUCCUUAACAGGAGUCUUUCAAUUUUAAGUAACGAGCCAGAUGUUCUGAUUAUGGGUGCAUUUAAUGAUUGGAAGUGGAAGUCUUUUACUAUAAAGUUAAAUAAAACACAUCUUAAUGGUGAUUGGUGGUCUUGCCAGGUGCAUGUUCCAAUGGAAGCUUAUAAAGUAAACUUUGUGUUCUUCAAUGGGCAAAGUGUGUAUGACAAUAAUGACAAAAAUGAUUACUCGAUACCUGUUGAUGGUGGAAUGAGUGCAAAUGCAUUUGAAGAUUUCUUACUUGACGAGAAACGUAAAGAAUCAGAAAGGCUGGCAAAGGAACAGGCUGAAAGGGAAAGACAGGAAGAAGAGCAGAGGCAAAUUGAAGCAGAGAGAAUUGCUCAAGAAGAGGACAGGUCACUGGCUAGGGGGGAGAUCGCGAGAAGGAGAGAAGUGUUGCAGCAAUUAAUGCAAAAGGCUACGAAAUCCGUCGACACCGUUUGGUAUGUGGAACCUAAUGAAUUUGAAGGCAAGGACUCGGUCAGAUUAUGUUAUAACAGAAGCUCUGGGCCUCUUGCACAUUCAAAUGAAGUAUGGAUUCAUGGCGGGUAUAAUGAUUGGAAGGAUGGAUUGUCAAUUGCUGAAAGGCUUCUCAACUCAGGUUCAGAAGACGGUGAUUGGUGGUAUGCUGAUGUUGUUGUGCCUGAUGAAGCCGUUGUCCUGGAUUGGGUCUUUGCUAAUGGUCCUCCUGGCAAAGCAAAUGUGUAUGAUAACAAUCGCCGUCAAGACUUCCAUGCUAGUGUCACAAAGUUUACACCUGAUGAAGAGUAUUGGGCUGGGGAAGAGCAGUUGGUAUAUCAAAAACUCCAGCAGGAAAGGAGGCUAAGGGAGGAAGCUAUACGUGCCAAGGCUGAAAAAACAGCUCUCAUGAAAGCUGAAACUAAGGAAAGAACUUUGAAAAGUUUUUUGCUUUCUCAAAAGCAUAUUGUCUUUACUGAGCCUCUUGAUGUUCAAGCAGGGAGCACAGCGACAGUAUUUUAUAACCCCUCUAACACAAAUCUGAAUGGAAAACCAGAGGUUUGGUUUAGAGGCUCAUUUAAUCGUUGGACCCAUCGAAAUGGUCCAUUGCCACCUCAGAGAAUGUUACCUGCAGAGAAUACUACUCAUGUCAAAGCCUCUGUUAGGGUUCCACUAGAUGCAUACAUGAUGGACUUUGUAUUUUCUGAGAAAGAAGAUGGUGGAAUUUUUGACAAUAAAUUUGGAAUGGAUUAUCAUGUACCUGUUUUUGGAGGUAUUGCGAAGGAACCACCUAUGCAUAUCAUCCAUAUUGCUGUUGAGAUGGCUCCAAUUGCAAAGGUUGGAGGCCUUGGUGAUGUUGUCACUAGUCUGUCCAGGGCAGUUCAGGAUUUAAAUCACAAUGUCGACAUUGUUCUUCCAAAGUAUGAUUGUUUGAACCUGAGCAAUGUAAAAGACUUUAAUUUUCACAAAACCUAUUUUUGGAAUGGGACUGAAAUAAAAGUCUGGCAUGGAAAAGUGGAAGGCCUUUCUGUCUACUUUCUGGAGCCUCAAAAUGGAUUCUUCAAUACUGGCUGUGUAUAUGGUUGUCAGAAUGAUGCGGAAAGAUUUGGUUUUUUUUGUCAUGCUGCUCUUGAAUUUCUACUUCAAAAUGGAUUUCAUCCUGAUAUAAUCCACUGUCACGAUUGGUCAAGUGCACCAGUUGCAUGGCUAUCUAAAGAACAGUAUACGCAUCAUGGUCUAAGUAAAGCAAAGGUUGUCUUUACAAUUCAUAACCUUGAAUUUGGAGCCCAACUCAUUGGAAAAGCUAUGGCUUAUGCUGACAAGGCUACAACUGUAUCCCCCACUUACUCUAGGGAGGUUGCUGGAAAUCCUGCAGUUGCUCCACAUCUUCACAAGUUCCAUGGUAUAAUAAAUGGAAUUGACCCAGAUAUAUGGGACCCAUAUAAUGAUGAUUUCAUUCCUGUACCAUAUACAUCAGAAAAUGUUGUUGAAGGCAAAAGAGCUGCUAAAGAAGCCUUGCAACAAAGGCUUGGCUUGAAAAGAGGUGAUCUUCCUUUAGUGGGAGUUAUUUCCCGGUUAACUCAUCAGAAAGGAAUCCAUCUCAUCAAGCAUGCCAUGUGGCGCACCCUAGAACGUGGUGGACAGGUUGUAUUACUUGGUUCAGCUCCAGAUCCUCGUAUUCAACGCGAAUUUGAGGAUUUAGCCAGUCAAUUGCAAUCCGCUCAUCAUGACCAUGCUAGAUUCUGUCUUUCUUACAAUGAGCCUCUGUCACACUUGAUAUAUGCUGGUGCAGAUUUCAUUCUAGUUCCUUCAAUUUUUGAGCCAUGUGGUCUUACUCAGCUCACAGCAAUGAGAUAUGGCUCAAUACCUGUAGUACGAAAAACUGGAGGACUUUACGAUACUGUAUUUGACGUUGAUCAUGAUACGGAUAGAGCAGAGGCACAGGGUCUUGAACCAAAUGGGUUUAGUUUUGAUGGAGCUGAUGUUGGAGGUGUUGAUUAUGCUCUUAAUAGGGCAAUAUCAGCUUGGUAUGAUGCUCGUGAUUGGUUUAACAGUUUAUGCAAGGCAGUGAUGGAGCAAGACUGGUCAUGGAACCGACCUGCUCUUGAUUAUCUGGAGCUUUAUCAGUCCGCAUGCAAGUUAGUAGAUGGAAAGGGAGGUGCAAAUUAAGUUUCUUCCGUUUGUACAGGUUUCUAGCAAGUGGCAGUUAAAGAUAAAUUGAUUGCAUAUGGUGAAUCCCACUCGAAAAUAAUUAAGAGGUGACGUGCUUUUACGGAUGAGCUUCAAAUGGUUCAUUUUUGUUAGCUUGCAAUAAAAUAAGUUUUCUUCUACACAAUUGGGUACUUAUAAGUGACUAUGCCUUUAGACAAAUUAGAUUAUUGAACCCCUGAAUUGUGAUGUAAUAGUUUUACAGGUAUAAGGUGUUCAAAUUUUGCUUGAGCUUAAAUAAUGUCUAUUGGCAACGAAUAAUGUUGUGUAGAGUAAAAAAUUUUGACCGAUACUUUCCAUUCGACACUUGCUCUGGAAGAUCGAGCUAUGCCUAUGCAUUGUCAGAAUGAGAGACUCCUAUAAGUUGUGUAGUCUGUAGUGAUUGCAAUUAUUUGGAGAAUAAGACAAUUAUUCAGAUGUUAACAUUGAAAUUGGGAAAUUGCAUGAAUUCUUGUCGUUGCUGAAUGUUAAUUUGGAAGCUUUGUGAU